ACUGACCCUUUGCCAUCCCUGCAGCCCAACGUGGAGAUGCUGUGGGCCAUGCGAGCCUCCCAGCACGCCGAGGUCUACUUCAAUCUCAUCUCCUCGGUGGAUCCCAAAUUCCUGACGCUCACCAAAGUGGACGAGCAGAUCUAUGGGGAGUUCAGGAAGGCUUUUGGGGGGCUGCGGGUGGACGUGUUGGACCCCGAGGAGCUCAAAUCAGAGCCAGCAAAGGAGAAAUGGAGGCCGUUCUGUCUGCGAUUCGAGGGGGUGGUGGAGGAUUUCAACUACGGCACCCUGCUGCGCCUGGACUGCCGGGGGGGGUACAGCCCUGAGAACACCAUCUUUGGUACUGAGAACACCGCCUGUGCCUCCUCCCAUCCAUGGGGCUGUUGGGUACCAUCACCCCCCCUCAGCCCCAACUUUAUCCGUGGGCUCAGUUGGGUACCCGGAUCUCCCAUCUUUAUCCAUGGGGCAGUUGGGUACCAGCAUCCCCCAUCAUUAUGGGCCCAGUUGGGUACCUGUAUCCCCACCCUUGAUCCGUGGGUCAGUUGGGAAUCAGCAUCCCCCAACAUUAUCUAUGGGCCCAGUUGGGUACCUGUAUCCCCCAUCCUUUCUUAUCCAUGGGGCUGUUGGGUACCAGCAUCCCCCAUCAUUAUCUGUGGGCCCAGUUGGGUCCCACUGUUCCCCAUCGUUAUCCAUGGGUGCCUCCCAUCCUUUACCCAUGGGGUCAGUUGGGUGUCAUUGUCCCCCAUCCUUUAUCUAUGGCACCAGUUGAGUACCAGCAUCCCCCACCCUUUAUCUGUGGUCCCAGUUGGGUUCCAGUAUCCCCCAUUGUUAUAGAUGGGUCCAGUUGGGUACCAGUGCCCCCCAUCCUUUAUCCAUGGGCUCAGUUGGGUACCAGUGCCCCCCAUCCUUUAUCCAUGUUGGGUUCCAGAAUCC